UGUUCAUCUUCGGAACUGUUAGGAAAGAAUUCUUUCGUGAAACGUGCUUCUGCAUUGUUGUGUAAAAGUUGUGAAAUUAUUUGUAAAAGCGUCGUAACAUGAUAGGCAAUUUAAUUUCCAGUGCAUAUCAAGCACUUCCACGGCUUGUAUCAUUGGGUCAAGCUUGUUCGUCAAUCUUGACUCCGUCAACAAUUACGAAUCCAUGGAGCCUUAUUUUAAGUAGAGGCAAAAUGAGGUACCACUUUCCGCAUCCUAGCGAACGUCUUCGUAUCAAACGCCACGGUUGGGAAGCAAGGAUGUCGACUCCUAACGGAAGAAAGAUUCUUAUGAGAAGAAUUUUAAAAGGAAAAUAUGUACUUGCUCAUUAA